UGUAGCAUACCGCUACUGAGCCAGCACCAUGCUUCUUCUCGACUAUCAAAACGUCCUCAUUGAGUCGCUGCUUAAAGAUCGCUUCUCGCCAGACUCCACCCCUUCCUCGAUAGACCAAGUGGUCUCGGACUUUGACAAUGUCACAUUUCACAUCUCCACCCCAAGCUCGAAGACCCAGAUCCUCAUCUCGAUCGCCGUAAAAUGCUGGCAAGAAUUGGUGCAGUAUGGCGCCCAGGCAGUGUUGGAGCGGGAAUACGGUCCAUAUAUCGUGCAACCGGAAUCUGGAUACGACUUCAGCGUUCAGGUCGAUCUUGAAACCCUCCCAGCAUCGCAAGAAGAGAAGGAUGACCUGAUAAAGCGGAUAAGCUUGCUGAAACGUAACGCUAUGGCUGCACCAUUCGAACAAGCAUUUGAUGAGUACACGUCGCUAGCAGAGCAAGCAAGCCAUUACACCAGCGAGACCGCACCUCAGGGCGUCAAGGAAGGUGGUGAGGUGCGGGCCAUCCACUACCGGGACCAGGAAGCGAUAUAUAUCAAGGCCUCGCAUGAUCGCGUGACUGUCAUCUUCAGCACAAUCUUCUCGGACGAGACAGAUCGGAUAUACGGCAAGGUGUUCCUGCAGGAGUUUGCAGACGCCAGAAGGAGAGCUAUCCAGAACGCGCCUCAAGUCAUGUUCCGAAACGAUCCGCCGUUGGAGCUGCAAGGCAUUCCCGGAUUGCAGAGCGGGAAAGACAAGAUUGGAUACAUCACGUUUGUUCUAUUCCCACGACACUUGACUCCCCAGAAGCGAUUCGAAGUCAUCUCUCACAUCCAGACGUUCCGCGAUUAUUUCCACUACCACAUCAAGGCCAGCAAAGCAUACAUCCACAGCCGUAUGCGAAGACGGACGGCCGACUUCCUUCAAGUGUUACGCAGAGCUAGACCUGAGACGGAUGAGAAGGAGAGAAAGACAGCUAGCGGUCGUACCUUCAGGGUGCAAGGAUGAGCUAAACCCAAAAAUGAUGAGACAUAUUGACUCCUAGAGCGCGCUUAAAUGGUAGCUUGUGGAGUCAAGCUGAAUCCCGUAGCGCAAGAAUUGCAAAAUGUGAACGAUGUGAGUGU